UCUUUUCGUCAAAGCACUAGCACUAGCAUUUGCAAACAUAUAAUCCUCUGCUUUUAAGUUUUUAUACAUACAAACUACCUUCCAUUUGACAUCUAAUAGAAGAGAAAGAUGAGUGUAGAAAUCUUGGAUGGUGACACCAUUGUCAACUUCCUUGAGGAUGAAGAAGCAUUUAGUAUCUCGGUGUGUAACCUGUUCGCUCACCUUGAUACAGACAAGGAUGGUCUUCUUUCCUAUGCAGAGAUGUUGAAGGAGCUACAAAGCCUGAGAGUUUUUGAAACCCACUUUGGUAUUGAUGUGGAGCCUGACCCGGAUGAGCUUGCUCGUGUUUAUGAAUCCUUGUUCAUCCAAUUCGAUCACAACUUGAAUGGCACAGUUGAUCUGGAAGAAUUCAAGAAGGAAACCAAGCAGAUGAUGCUUGCCAUGGCAGAUGGAAUGGGUUUCUUACCAGUUCAGAUGGUCUUGGAAGAAGACAGCAUCCUGAAAAAAGCAGUUGAAAGAGAGUCCAAUAAAGUGUCUGCCUAAGAACUACUCCCUACUCAAGCUCAGAGAUUUAAAGUUCAGCAAGGAUUGUUAUGUUUUAAUGUCCUGUUUGUUGUUAUUUCUGUUUUCAGUAGAAUAUCUGCUUAAAUUGUUUUUGUUCUGAAUUCCUCAAAUCUUUAUGAACUAAACUGUCUUAAAUCUGAGUUGUCAGAAAAGGAAAAAGGGAUUGUACUUAUGAGAAUGAUGAGUAAUGACUGUCUAGAUCCAAUAACCAGUUCAUAUCCCCAUAUCAGUAUUUUGG